CUCCGCUUCCGGCGUGUUCCGGAAGCUGGGCGCGCACAGCUUCCUGGUGCGGUGAUGGCGGCGUUGUCCCGCACGCUCGGCAUCUUCGGGGCCUUCGUGGCUGUGGUGGGUGCAGCCUUUUACCCCAUCUACUUCCGACCUCUGCUGAUGCCGGACGCGUACAAGAAAGAACAGAUAAUAAACCGAGCUGGCAUUGUUCAAGAGGAUAUUCAGCCUGCAGGGUUAAAAGUGUGGUCUGAUCCAUUUGGAAGAAAGUAAUGUUGGCUGCUGGGUGUAUUGCAAGGCAAAACUGAAGAUGGACAUCUUCAGCUGUUUCUUCUUUCACGGAUGUGUGUCUUUGAGUGCUGCUGGAGAAGAAUUCUGAAUAUGCUGUGUGGAGCAACAAAGGCUACUGAUUGGAAUCCCAGGAGAUAAACAUGCUAGUUUUGACACAGGAUGCUAGGGCAUAGUGCACAGGCUGUUAGGGAGCUGAAUGAUUCUUGAGUUUAGAAGUGAAAUAUUUAUUUCCUUGAGAAAAGGGAAGAGAAUUUAUUUUUGUUAAUCUGUAAGCACUUGUAGAAUAAAUGAUGAAUAGAAUAAAUGAUGCAGACCGCUGCAGUUUCCUCCCUAGCUUGAGCACUACUUUUUGUGGGCUUAUUAUGAAAGCAUGAUCAAAGUAUAUACUGUUACAGAUUAGAAAAUAUAGCAUGGUGAGUGUAAAUUUGUACAUUAAAAUUUCUUCCUUUGAA